UAUAUAUUAACCGAAAAUAAACAAAUUAAAAAACCUUUAAAUAUUUAUAAUAUUAUUUAAAUGUAUUUAAAAAGAUAUGAUACUGUGCUAAUAACAAGUAAUUGGUUGGAUAUACAUAUUUACUUAAAAAGAAAGUGUUUGAGAAGAGGAUAAAUAAAAAUUAUUAUUUGAACAACUCUAGAAGGAUCCAGUUGAGGAUCAAGCAACAAGCAAAUGCAAGCUGUGUUAUAGCCCAUAGUAUAAUAAUACAUAUAUACACAGAGAGAGAGAGACAUAAAAAAGAGAAAAAAAAAAAAAAAAGUAAAAUAAAAAAGAGACGUGGUGGAGGUUCCCCAAGUGUGUUUUUUGUCUCACGACCGGAUCGAAUACGGGCGAGAGAUAGACAUACAUAUACACCUAUACACUAAAUUCAGUGUUUGUUAUUUUUUAUAUAUAUAUAUACAUAGCUAUAUGUAGUGUCUCCUCGGUGAACUUGAGUGGUAUUCUUCUCUUCUUAUAUACAUAUAUGUAUUCGCGUGACUACCCAAUACAUUUGGAAUUUCGAAUGCGUGUUUUCUCGCGUCUUCAAAAAACAUAAAUACGAAACACAGUGGAAUUUCAUUCGGAGCUUAUAUAUAUAUAUUAUAAAUAUUUAUUUAUUUAUUUACACACUGACACGUGGAGUUUUUUUUUGCAAGUGAUUAUUUAUAUUUGUUAAUUAUUAAAUAAUUUUCAAAGUAAUUUGUGUUGUGUUGUGUUAUGUGUGUGAAUGAGCACAUUGUGUCUGACCAUUGUAUUACCAUUUCUACUUGAAAAUAUUUUAUAUUGUGAUUUUCAUAGUGAUUGUUGUAAUUGGUGGUAAUUUUUUUUCACCAUUUUAAGUGUUUGUGUUUGAUGUAUAAAAAAAAAAUAAAAUUGAAUUAAAAUAGAAUUCAAUUUUUAUAAUAUAAAAAUAAAAUAAUAAGUGUGUCGUGCUGGGGCAGAUGUAUGACGGAUCAUGGUUUCAGCUUCCGGUCCUACAGGGAUCCUAGCGGGACGCCCAUCACAAAAUUAUCAUCAUCGUCAACAACAACAAGAACAACAACAACAACAAUAUAUGGAAAAUGUCAAUGAUGAAGAUGAAAGAAUAAAUAAUAAUGAUAAAAUUAAAAAUGAAGAAAAUAGAUUACGACAUGAAUCGGAUUUAUACAUCAGGCCAAGUUGGACUGAUGCUGCAAUUGCUCUUGAUCAACUUGAAAAGGGAAAAGCUGAGGGUCAAAGAUCAGCAGUAUGGAUUAGAGCUAGUCUUCAAGAUGAACUUAGUCAAUUGGGAUAUUUUUUACAACGACAUGCUGGAAAAGUAAUAUUUGUUGCUAUUAUUGUACUUGCAACAUUUAUUGUUGCUCUUAAAUCUGGUCAAGUUCAUACCAAGGUAGAACAACUAUGGAUACAAGAAGGUGGAAGAUUGGAAAAAGAAUUGGAGUAUACAAUUGAGGUACUUGGUGAAGUACCAUCAACACAUCAAUUGGUUAUUCAAACACCAAAAUAUUCUGGUGCAAAUUUAUUAAAUCCAAAUGCACUUAUUGAACAUUUAAAUAUUCUUACUACUGCCAUUGAAACUGAGGUUCAACUUUUUGACGUCACUUGGACAUUAAGAGACAUGUGUCAUACACCAGCAAUGCCAAUUUUCGAAGGUGUUGUUGCCGAGAUGUUUACAAAAAUAGUUCCAUGUGCAAUCAUGACACCACUUGAUUGUUUUUGGGAAGGAAGUAAACUCAUAGAUUAUGCUGUAGCAAUACCUGGACCAAAACAUUCACAGUAUAUUCGUUGGACAAGUUUAAAUCCAACAGAAAUAUUACAUCAAAUGAAAAAUGCCGGUUAUUCAUUUCCAUUUGAAUUACUUGAAGACUACAUGAAACGUGCUGGUGUAACAAAUGGAUAUCAAACAAAACCAUGCUUGGAUCCUUAUGAUCCAGCUUGUCCAGAUACAGCACCAAAUAAACUCUCAAAAUCGUUACCAGAUGUUGGGACAGAAUUAGCUGGUGGUUGUUAUGGAUUUGCAGCAAAUUAUAUGCAUUGGCCAGAAGAAUUACUAGUUGGUGGUGUUAAACGUAAUAAAAGUGGUAGUUUAACAAGAGCAUCUGGUUUACAAUCAAUUGUACAAUUAAAUGGUGAACGUGAAUUUUAUGAACGUUAUGAUAAAGAUUAUAGAACUCAAGAUAUCGAUUGGUCACAAGAAAAAGCAUCACAUGUAUUACAAACAUGGCAACGUGCAUUUACAAAUUCAGUUAAAAAACAAAUGAAUGCAAAUCGUGGUUUAUCAAUGUAUAACAUGUAUACAUUUAGUACAACAACAAUGAAUGAUAUAUUGGGUAGUUAUAGUAAAGUAUCUGUUAAAAAUAUAUCAAUUGGUUGUGGUUUCAUGUUACUCUAUGCCGGCAUUGCAUUAUUUCGUUGUAAUGAUUCAAUUAAAUCACAAUCAAGUGUUGCCAUUGGUGGUGUAUUGCUAACAUGCGCAAGUGUUGUUGCUGGUCUUGGUUUUUGUGCUCUACUAGGUAUACCAUUCAAUGCAAUAACAACACAAAUAAUACCAUUUUUAGCACUUGGUCUUGGGCUACAUGAUAUGUUUUUAUUGACACACACCUAUGCUGAGCUGGAUAUUAAAAAUAUACCAAGCUCUGAACAAACUGGUAUUGUAUUAAAACGUACUGGUUUAUCUGUAAUAUUAAAAAGUUCAUGUGUUGGAUUAGCAUUUUUUGCUGCAUCAUUAAUACCAAUACCAGCACUAAGAAUGUUUUCAAUACAAGCUGGUAUAUUGAUAUUUUUUAAUCUUGGUUCAAUAAUACUUGUAUUUCCAACAAUGGUUAGUCUUGAUUUACGUCGUCGACGUUCUGGUAGAUCAGAUAUAUUAUGUUGUUGUUUACCAGCAUUAAAUGAUAAUAUUAUUGCUAAUAAUAAAAAUUUAAGAUUAAUCAAUAAAAAUAUUAGCAGUAAUAAUAAUAAUAAUCGUGCUAAACAAACAAUAACAAGAGCAAUGCCACCAGAUAGAAGACAAACACAAACGAAAAUAUUAACAAAUGACAAUGAUAAUAAUGAAUCAUGGGUUGGUGGUAAUAAUAUCAGUGAUAUUGAAAGUAACAACAUCAAUAUUAAUAAUUAUCACAACAACAACAAUAACAAUAACAACAACAACAAUGAAAUGGAUAAAUUAACUGGUCAUAAUAAAAAUCAUGAUGAUUGUUUAUUGUUUAAAUUUUCAUUAACUAAAAUAGCAUCAAAACAUUAUGCACCAUUUGUUACAAAUUCAGCAACAAAAUUUUUUGGUAUGUUGAUAUUUGUAUUUUUAUUAGCUGCAAGUGUAUGGCAAUCAAUGAAAGUCAUUGAUGGUUUUGAAUUGACUGAUCUUGUACCACGUAAUUCAGAUGAGUAUGCAUUUUUAUUAGCUCAAUCAAAACAUUUUGGUGUAUUUAAUAUGUAUGCUGUUACUGGACGUGAUUUUGAUUAUCCACAUAAUCAAAAAUUAUUGUAUGAAUAUCAUGAUUCAUUUAUUAGAAUUAAAAAUAUUAUUAAAAAUGAUGAUGGUGGUUUACCAAAAUUUUGGCUUAUGUAUUUUCGUGAUUGGUUAAAAAAUUUACAAAAUGCAUUUGAUAAAGAUUAUCGUUCUGGUUGUAUUGAUGAAGAAAAAUGGUGUUCAAAUGCAACAGAUGAUGCAAUAUUAGCAUAUAAAUUAUUAGUACAAACUGGACAUGCUGAUAAUCCAAUUGAUAAAUUUCUCAUUAGUAGAAAUCGUCUUGUUGAUAAUGAUGGUAUUAUUAAUCCAAGAGGUUUUUAUAAUUAUUUAACAUCAUGGGCAACAAAUGAUGCAUUUGCAUAUGAAACAUCACAAGGUAAUUUACGUCCAUUACCAAAAGAACAAAUGCAUGAUCGUCGUGAUGUUGAGCUUAUUAUUAAAAAAAGUUCACCAUUAACAUAUGCACAAAUGCCAUUUUUUUUACAACGUUUAACUGAUACAAAUUCAAUAACACAAUUAAUAUCUGGUGUUAGAGAAGUUUGUGAAAAAUUUGAAGAACGUGGAUUACCAAAUUUUCCAUCUGGUAUACCAUUUUUAUUUUGGGAACAAUAUAUGGAUUUACGUAGUUGUUUAGGUAUUGCAUUACUUGCUGCACUUGGUGCUAGUUUUGCUGUUGUUGGUAUAUUAUUAUUAAAUUUUUGGGCAGCAUUAUUAGUUGUAAUAUCACUUGCUGGUGUUGUAUUACAGUUAUUUGGUGUUAUGGGUUUUAUUGGAAUGAAAUUAAGUGCAGUACCAGCUGUACUACUUGUUGUCAGUGUUGGAAUUGCUGUACAUUUUAAUGUUCACAUUUGUUUGAGUUUUGUAACAAGUGUCGGUGGUAGAGACCGCAGAGUACGUCUUGCUCUGGAGCAUAUGUUUGCUCCAAUAAUACAUGGUGCAAUAACAACACUAAUUGCUGUUAUGAUGCUUGCAUUUUCAGAAUUUGAAUUUGUCAUUAAAUAUUUUUUCCUUGUUUUAUUGUGUUUAAUUGGAAUUGGUCUUGUUAAUGGACUAUUUUUUUUUCCAAUUUUAUUAUCAUUAAUUGGACCAAGUGCUGAAGUUAUACCGUAUGAUCAACCAGAUCGUAUAUCAACACCAACACCACCACCAUCACCAAAAAUAAGACGUUCAAAACCACCAGCACCACCAAGAAGACCACAUAAAAUUGACAAUAGAAAUUUACACAAUGAGCCAUCAUUAACAACAAUAACUGAAGAAUCAAAUUCUUGGAACAGUGCACAAGAUACACAAUCAUGUAUUAUUGUACAACCAGAAGUUAAAAUUGAAACAACAUCAUCAACUUGUGGCAAUCAGAAUUGUGGCGGUUCAGACUCAUCUGGAUCUAGUCAAACAUCACCAGUAACAUCAACACCACAUAUUACAACAAAGGUCACUGCAACAGCAAAUAUUAAAGUUGAAGUACACACACCACUUUCCAAUGGAGGAGAUAGGGGUGAUAAAUACCGACAUUCUUCAUCAAAUGGCAGAAGGAGUACGCGUUGCAGUGCAAACAUUAAUGCAGAGUCAUCCUGUUCAAGUUCUGAACAGGCUACUGACAAUGUCAAUGUCAAACACAAAUAGAUUUUAUAAUAAUAAUAAUAAUGAUAAUAAUAAUGUGUUACGGGAUGAUCGGCAGCUACUGCUCAAGUACCAAGCGGGAAAUUACAGAAGGCUGACUAGGUAUAAUAUAUAUAAUUUAUUUUUUAUUAAUUUCUCAUAUUAAUAUUUCUCCCAAUACACUUAAACACAAGUCAAUUAUACAAAUGAAUUAUUGUUAUUAUUAUUAUAACUAUUUUUAAUUGUUAAUAUUUUUUUUUUGUAAAUUUAUUAUUUAAAUAAUU